GUGGGCCGCCCGCGCGUAGUGGACAGCGCCGACGCGCCAAUGACGACGACCGCCUUGGCGGCCAAGAUGCAGAAGCUUGCUUCUGAAACCGCCAAGAACGGGGGGGCGGGGCCCGCGGUCGACGACCUCGACGUCUGGGCCUUCGUCGUCCGAGCAGGCGUCCGCAACGGGGACGACGCCCAAACGGCGCACUUGCAGCUCGUCGCGUGUGCCCAGGAACACUGCGGCGAGGCCAUGGUGCACUGUCUGAUCGAGUGCACGGUUCAUCCACGCAUGAUCGACGACGUCUGGAUGACGGAGGACAUCGACGAGUACGUGUCCGUUGCGCGCCGCAGUCGGCUUAGCGUUUUGUCUGCGGCCCGGCAGAGCCAGUGCGCGUGCGGGGGUGCUUUUCUGGCGUUCGUGGUGCGAUGCCUCAUCCAGAACAGCGCCCCAGUCGCCGAGCUGUGCCGCGACGCGCCAGCAGCACUGACCCGCGGCAG